AUGGCCGAUUCGCGCAUGCCGCCGCCGGAUGCCUCGUCGCGCCAGACGUCGUCGGCCCAAACCGCCGUUCUGAGCUCCGUCCGCCCUCGGACACGUCGCUUCAUUUCCACUGCCGGCAGCGACACCCCCCGAGCUGCUUCACCGCGAGCGCCCGCCGACGAGGGCGGCAGCGGCCUCUUAUCAGCGUACAGUGCGUCCACGAGCCGGGCCGCGAGCCCACGUCCCCCUGCUGGCGCAGCAGGCGGCACGCUGGGACAGUUUCUGGGCGACUCGUGGGCGCAGAGCUGGAACUCGGUCCAAGGCCUCGCAUCCUCGCUCACAGGGGCCAGCUCUGCCUUCAAGGCGCCUGCGACACGCUUUCCGCGCCAAGAGAGACCCCGAUCGAGCAGUCGCAAAAGCGGCCCCGGCAGGAGUCCGUCGGCAUGGGGUCCUGCUCCGCCGCCGCGGCACCCCGGACCCGACGACAUUGCAGCUGGGUCGUUGGCCGAGCGGGAGGCCGCGUUGAGAGCUGCCAAGACGGCAAGCGUCCUUGAGAGCCACGACAACGUUAACGGCGGGCUGGACACUGCUGGGAAACACAAGCGCCGCAACUCGGACGAUGUGGCAUCGACCAACAGGUCGCAGCCGGAGGACUGCCUCGUAUACAUACAUCGCGUUGGGACUAACGACACAUAUGCCGGUAUUAUCCUCCGCUUCAAGUGCCGCGAGGACAUCUUCCGGCGCGCCAAUGGCCUCUGGAGUCGAGACAGCAUCCAGACGCGGAAAUGGCUAGCGAUACCCGUGGAUGCUUGUGAGGUACGGGGCCGACCAUGCGACCCUCCUUCAUGGCACAAGCCGUCCGAGAUUGACCUCCUCGCGCCUACUCCUGCGGGCGCGGACGACAAUUCGGCCGAGGCAGAAGGUGAUUUCUUCUCAAGCAAGCCGACUCAAGGCGGAGUUUCAGACAGGGAGCCAAGAGCCCAGUAUGACGACGGGCCAUGGACUCAUGUUCGCUGGGUCCAAAUAGAAUCCAUCCAGGAGCCCGUUCAGAUCGGUCGCAUGCCUAGGCAAGCCCUCGGAUACUUUCCUCCGCGACGGAAGAAGAGCAUUGGAACAUUGUCAACGAUAUCGACGCCCCGGGAGAGCUCGGACAUAUCGAGCCUGCCCCCAAGCUCCGUGGAGCGGAUCCCGUCGCGGAGGAAAAGUUCACUGAGCAGCGUGCACCAGCUUUCGGGAACGCCACUUUCCACUCGCAGUCGCGUGGGGAGCGAUGCGCGGGACAAUCGGCCGGCCUGGAUGCGAGGGCCCGGCGGCGUAGGGUCGAUGGGCAGGAACACGCGGACACCGGGGCCAGACAAGGACUACUUCAACUCGUGGGCAAGAAGACACCUCCCGGCACUCAACAUCGAGGGCCUCCCAUCCAUGUCUGUCAUGGGCUCGGAGACUGCGCGCUUUGGGUUCUCAUCUGAACCGUCCGCCAUCGUUGAGAGCUCGUUCGAGCAGGGCCGCGACAUCGGCUCUACCUCACGGCAGGGAAGUGGUCUGGACAGGGCCGCCGCGGCCGUAGAGACGUGGUUACGCGGGGCCCUUGCCAAGCGUCCAAACACGCCUCUGGUCGGAGGGCGCACAGGCUGGCCAGCGGGUCUGUCUGCCGACCAAGAGGGCAGCGACCUCAUUGAGCUGGCAGAUACUGGAAGCGAUGACGGCAGGAUAGCAGUCCGGGAUAACGCAGCGGCUGCGAUGGGCUUUACCAGCACAAGCGGCAGGAGCGACGGUGGGAGCGGCCUCGUCCGGGGCCGGGGAGCUGCGGCGUCAUGGGCGUCGCAAGACCGUCAAAAGUCGGACUGA